AUGCCGGGGCCGGAUGUGAGAACCAAUGACAAUGUUCUCGACGACAUGUCGACAGAGCCUACGGCAACUGUACAUAGUGGCGUAGAAGCUAAACCUGAAAGAAAAUUAACUGUCCUCGAAUCACAUGGCUAUGUGCUUGGCCGCACCAUAGGCUCUGGCUCGUAUGCCACGGUUAAGGUCGCUACAAGCGACAGGCAUAACUGUCAAGUGGCAAUUAAAAUAAUAAGCAAAUUCCAAGCACCAGGUGAUUAUCUUAAAAAGUUUUUGCCAAGAGAAAUUGAAGUUGUGAAAGGUCUUAAACAUGAAAAUUUGAUACGCUUCCUUCAAGCUAUAGAAACCACUCACAGGGUUUACAUUGUUAUGGAAUAUGCCGAAAAUGGCAGUCUCCUAGAUAUAAUACGCAAAGAUCAACAUAUAGACGAGUCCCGAGGCCGACGCUGGUUUCGACAACUCGUUGAAGCAGUAGACUACUGUCACGAGAGAGGCGUGGUACACAGAGAUAUAAAAUGCGAGAAUUUACUAAUGGACCACGGUUUAAAUAUAAAACUAUCAGACUUUGGUUUCGCAAGAGGUCACAUGAAACCAAAAAAUGGUGUCUAUGCUCUAAGUGAGACUUUCUGCGGUAGCUAUGCGUACGCUUCGCCAGAAAUUUUGAAAGGUGUUCCAUACAGACCACAAGAUUCUGAUAUAUGGAGUAUGGGCGUCGUGCUUUAUGCAAUUGUGUAUGGGAGACUGCCGUUUGAUGACACGAAUUAUACACAACUGCUGAAGCAAGUACAAAACAAAGUGUCUUUCCCGCGAGAACCAAAAGUGUCAAUGGACUGUCGCAAGCUAAUAACAAAAAUUUUAGCACCAUUAAAGGUGCGUGUUAAGAUACCACAGAUCCUAGCUGACCUCUGGCUCAACCCCAACCAGACUGUGAAAGACGAAGAACAAGAGACCGCCCAGGAAACGAUCCCGGUCUCAAAAGAAGAAAUAAAGAGUGUUAACAUUGGUACUGUAACUUUUGACAGGAAAUUAGAGGAAGUGAAAUAA